GGAAAUACCUGAACUCACUGGAGGUGAUGCAGCUCCCUGGGCAGGUGGGGGUGUGGCCAAGUCAGGACAGGUAAAUCCAGUUCCACCUGGUUCUGCGGAAGCCCCGCCCCUCCCUUUAAAAAGAUCGGAGGGUGUCAGGAUUUUCUGCCAAUGGGUUGCCCAGAAGGGAGGCAUCAGAUGACGGCAAGGGCCAGUUUUCAUUGGCCAGGCUUCCCCGGAAAGAGAAUUGGGGUGCCUCUUGUGUGUUUUGGGCUUGUGCCCCCAGCUUUUCCCACUGCCUCGGCCUCCGGGGGUCCCUCGGAGCCCGUUGGACUUACUCCAAGAAGCCCCCCAAGGCCCGGGCCUUCCCUUCCAGGCCCGGAUCUCCGCCAUCUCCGCUGGCCUUCCAGAGCUGGGCCCAGAACCCCCUUCCUCCGCCACUCCAUGAGGUCACCCUCUUCCACCACGAGGCUCUCUGGGCAGCUGCCCAGCUCAUCAUGGCACGUCAGUCUCUGACGGGCGCUGCUUCUCCUCCUUCGACUCCCCGCCGGAAAGGACUGGGCAGAGACGUAGCAUGCCGGGUGGGGCUUUGGAGAAGAAUCCCAGCAUGGAUUUGGCAUCCACCACCCCGUUCCGGGUCACGGGCUUCCUCAGCCGGCAGCUGAAGGGCUCCAUCAAGCGCACCAAGAGCCAGUCCAAGCUCGACCGGCACAGCAGCUUCCGCCACGUCCUCCCGGGCUUCAGGAACGCCGCGGACCAUGAGAGAUCCCAUCUAAUGCCGAGGCUGAAGGAGUCGCGUUCCCACGAGUCACUGCUCAGCCCUGGUAGCGCGGUGGAAGCCCUGGACCUCAGCAUGGAGGAGGAAGUGGUCAUCAAGCCUGUGCACAGCAGCAUCCUCGGCCAGGAUUUCUGCUUCGAGGUGACAACAUCGUCUGGGAGCAAAUGCUUUUCCUGCCGGUCUGCAGCAGAACGGGACAAAUGGAUGGAGAAUCUGCGGCGAGCCGUGCACCCGAACAAGGACAACAGUCGGCGAGUGGAGAACAUGCUCCAGCUGUGGAUUAUCGAAGCCAAAGAACUGCCCGCAAAGAAGCGCUACCUGUGCGAACUCUGCCUGGACGAGGCACUCUACGCCCGCACCACCUGCAAGCUGAAAACGGACAAUGUCUUCUGGGGAGAGCACUUUGAAUUCAACAACCUCCCGCCACUGCGGAGUAUCGCCGUCCACCUGUACAAGGAGACGGACAAGAAGAAGAAGAAAGACAAGACCAACUUCAUUGGGCUGGUCAGCAUCCCAGCUGGCUCUGUCACGGGGCGCCAGUUCGUGGAGAAGUGGUACCCGGUCGUGACGCCCAACCCCAGCAAGGGCAAAUCCGGGGGGCCCAUGAUCCGCAUCAAGUCACGCUACCAGAGCAUGAGCGUGCUCCCCAUGGAAACGUACAAGGAGUUUGCGGAGUACAUCACCAACAACUACAUGGUUCUCUGCUCCGUGCUGGAGCCCCUGCUGAGUGUCAAGAACAAGGAGGAGAUGGCCUCGGCCUUGGUCCACAUCCUGCAGAGCACAGGAAAAGCCAAGGACUUCCUGACGGACCUCAUGAUGGCCGAAGUCGACCGCUGCGGGGAGAACGAGCACCUGAUCUUCCGAGAAAACACACUGGCCACCAAAGCCAUUGAGGAGUACCUGAAGCUGGUGGGCCAGAAGUACCUGCAGGAUGCCUUAGGCGAGUUCAUCAAGGCCCUGUACGAAUCGGAUGAAAACUGCGAGGUGGAUCCCAGCAAGUGCUCCUCCUCGGAUCUCCUGGAGCACCAGAGCAACCUGAAGAUGUGCUGCGAACUGGCCUUCUGCAAGAUCAUUAACUCGUACUGCGUCUUCCCCCGGGAGCUGAAGGAGGUCUUCGCCUCGUGGCGCCAAGAGUGCAGCAGUCGCGGCCGGCCGGACAUCAGCGAGCGCCUGAUCAGCGCCUCCCUCUUCCUCCGCUUCCUCUGCCCGGCCAUCAUGUCGCCCUCCCUCUUCAACCUGCUCCAGGAGUACCCGGACGACCGCACUGCCCGGACGCUGACUCUCAUCGCCAAGGUCACCCAAAACCUGGCCAAUUUUGCCAAGUUUGGGAGCAAAGAAGAGUACAUGUACUUCAUGAAUCAGUUUCUGGAGCACGAAUGGACCAACAUGCAGCGCUUUCUCCUGGAGAUCUCCAACCCGGAGACCCUCUCCAACACGGCCGGCUUUGAGGGCUACAUCGACCUGGGCCGGGAGCUGGCCACCCUUCACUCCUUGCUCUGGGAGGUGGUGGCUCAGCUGGAUCAGAGCACGGCCACCAAGCUGGGCCCCCUGUCGCGCCUCCUCAGGGACGUCAACGCCGCGCUGAGCAACCCAUCCUGCAUGCAGCUCUCCGUCACCGGCGAUCCGGCCGCCUCCACCCCAAGCGCCGGCAACGGCAUCUCCGUGGGGCUCCAGAAAAUGGUCCUGGAGAGCGAUCUGUCUGGUCUGAUAGAUUUCACACGGUUACCGUCUCCAACUCCUGAAAACAAGGACUUGUUUUUUGUCACAAGGUCUGUGGGGGCUCAGCCAUCGCCUGCCCGGAGCUCCAGCUACUCGGAGGCCAAUGAGCCCGACGUCCAGAUGGCCAAUGGCAGCAAGAGCCUCUCCAUGGUGGACUUGCAGGACAAUCGCCUUUUGGACGGCGGGGGCGGUGGGCUGGGGGCCGCAGAAGCACUCCCCGAGAGCCACCCCUCCGCCGGGCAGGCCUGGGCCACGCGGACUCAACAGAGUGGCACCAUGGGCACUGCCACCGUGCGCCGCUCGGCACAGACGCCCACCACUCCCAACGCUGAGAACGCCCCUGGCCGGCCGCAGCUGCUGGCCCCCCUCUCCUUCCAGAACCCCGUCUACCAGAUGGCGGCUGGCUUGCCACUCUCUCCCCGGGGACUGGCCGACUCGGGCUCCGAGGGCCACAGUUCACUCAGCUCCCACAGCAACAGCGAAGACUUGGCAGCGGCCACCAAGCACGGCUUCGGCAACCCCAGCGUCCCGGAGGACUUUGCCCGGCGGGCUGGAGAACUGGCCCGUCGGCAGCUCUCGGUGGCCGAGAAGGGUGGGCAGCCGACGAUGCCCCGGCAGAACAGUGGUGGCCCCCAGCGGCGGAUAGACCAGCCCCCUCCCCCACCCCCGCCCCCGCCCGUCACUCGGGGCAGGACCCCUCCUUCCUUGCUGAGUACUUUGCAGUACCCCCGGCCGGCCAGCGGGGGCCUGCUUUCCUCCUCGCCCGACUGGCCGGGCAGCGGUGCCCGCCUGCGCCAGCAGUCUUCCUCCUCCAAGGGAGACAGCCCCGAAAUGAAACAGCGCACCAUGCACAAGCAGGCCCCUUCUCCGGUCAACCCCAACGCGCUGGACCGCACGGCCGCCUGGCUCUUGAACAUGAAUGUCCAGUUUCUGGAGGAGGAAAACGCCGAGCCGGAAUGCAAGCUCAGGAGUAAAGAUGAGCUCAGCCAAGAGGAAAAGUAUCAGCAAGACGUGGCAGUGCUGCAGGACAAGCUGCGCCAGUCAGCCAAGAAGCUGGAGGAGUACGAAGUGCGCUUCCGGUGCCAGGAGGAAGGCACGCAGAAGCUGGCGCUGGAGUACCAAGCCCGCCUGGAGGAGAGCGAGGACCGGUUGCGGCGGCAGCAAGAAGACAAGGAGAUACAGAUGAAGGGGAUCAUCAGCAGGCUGAUGUCGGUGGAGGAGGAGCUGAAGAAGGACCACGCGGAAAUGCAGGCGGCUGUGGACUCCAAGCAGAAGAUCAUCGAUGCGCAGGAGAAACGCAUCGCCUCCUUGGACGCGGCCAACGCCCGGCUCAUGAGCGCCCUCACGCAGCUGAAAGAGAGGUACAGCACGCAAACCCGCAACGGGAUCUCCCCCACCAACCCAACUAAAUUGCAGAUCACCGAGAGCGGUGAAUUCCGGAACAGCAGUAGCUGUUAACCCAGGGACCAGCUGCUGCGGGUGUGCGAGAGAGUGAGCGAGAGGAGAGCCAAGUCGAGCGCCCAGGAGGGGUGGAGCUACCUGGCACGGGCCUGGCACUCCCCUGGUCCGCCGCCUCCAGCGGGCAAAGCCAAGUGGACUCUGAGCGCUCCUCGCCAACAGCCCCUGGCCCAGGGAUGGCGCUGAUUUGCACAGGAGCCUCCAACCGAGCAGGCGCUAAGCCAGAUGUCCAAAGAAGAUGCUUCAGCGGCAAAGGCAGGAAUGUGGAGAGACUUUUGACGUGCCCAGCACCCUGUUCCAGCACGUUCUCCCUGAUCUGUCCUGGCUCCUGGUGCUGCCACCACCCUGGAAUUUGGCCCAGCUGCCACCAACACGUCCCACCGAGUGCUCGUUCGGUGCCAGGGGCCUCGUCCCCUUUCGUCUGGGGGAUGGCACUCCCCCUCUCCCCGGCCAACAGAUCUCAUCAGGGGACGGAGGAGGAAUUGGGGCAGCUCAGGGGCUCCAUCACUGGCCGAAGGAUUCUCUGCCCAGGCAUCUCUGUGUGAGUCCCUGAAGAAGGGCCGCUAGCCAGAAAACCUCAACCUGGGCGGAACGUUCAGGGAUGUUCCACUCCUCUCUCGGUUUAAGUUUGCAGAAUUCCUUGGGGGGUCAACUUUUAUCAGCACAGAUCCCCCCACUUCCAGCACUUAGGCUCCUCCCACUCAAGCAUUUCUGCCCCCCCCCCCCAGGGCUGGAGACAAGGCCAAAAAUAAAGGGGGGAAAGGGCAGAAGGCGGCAUCAGUUUGAUGCAGCCAGGAGCCAGGCUGACGACAAUCUUGCGUCUGGUGGGGGACACGUUUUGCAUGCCAACUUCUGCAAAGGCAACCCAAUGAGCUGGGCAGCAGGAGGUCCGUUUUGGCCCCUGGCCAUCUUUAGGCUGGCGAGACACCCCCCCCAACAGUUUG